UCUAGUCAAUGGUAAUUUUGUUUGUCCAUGGUACGCUAUGGCGGACUUAAUAGGUGACGGUGAUUUUUCGAAAGAAAAUAUACAAAAAUUUAACAAUGAAAGGCGGAGUAGUAAACAGUGGGUAAAACUUAAUGUCGGUGGAACAUAUUUUCUAACUACUAAAACUACUUUGUCUAGGGAUCCUAAUUCAUUUUUAUAUCGAUUAGUUCAAGAGGACAGUGACUUGAUUUCAGACAGGGACGAAACUGGCGCUUAUUUAAUAGAUAGAGAUCCUACUUAUUUUUCACCUGUGCUUAAUUAUCUUCGUCACGGUAAACUGGUUAUCAACAAUGAUAUUGCUGAGGAGGGAGUUUUGGAAGAGGCGGAGUUUUAUAAUAUUACUGAGCUCAUACGAUUAGUAAAAGAAAGAAUAUGUUUAAGAGAAAGAAGGCCCUUGAAAGAUUCAAAGAAGCAUGUGUAUAGAGUUUUGCAGUUUCAUGAAGAAGAGUUGACACAAAUGGUGUCUACAAUGUCAGAUGGUUGGAAGUUUGAGCAGUUGAUCAACAUUGGCUCACAGUAUAAUUAUGGAAAUGAUGAGCAUGCUGAAUUCCUUUGUGUUGUUAGUCGAGAAUGUGGCAGUUCCUUGAAUAGCAAUGACAUAGAACCUACAGAUCGUGCUAAGGUGCUCCAGCAAAAGGGCUCAAGAAUGUGAGCUUUCUAAAACUGAAAUUUGUUCUAUACUUUUUGAGACUCAGCUCAGUGUGAAAUGUGUAUAUAAAUAAUUGUAGAAUAUAAAAAGCCUGCUCCUUUUUCUUCUUAGUUCCAUAUGACUAAGUUGGCUUGUGAAAAAUAAUGUUGGAAUUAGUCAAUUGAGUGGUAUAUUAAUGUAGUUCUCCAUAACUGAAUGUAUAGAAGGAAAUAGAUAAAUACUCAGUUUGAUAUAAAGUUAGACAGAACUAGUUUAAAUUUAAUUUUGAAUACUUAUAUAGGAAAUUGUAAUAUUAUUAUAAUGAUGUCUUCUACCUUGUAUAGAUAAAUUAAAACAACAGUUUUACUACAUGUUCUGUAAGUUAAACCAUUAUUAAAAAUUAAUUUUAUAUAAAAUCGGUUAUGGCAUCAUAUUUACAGGUUUACCAUCCUCUAAUAUUAAAUGUUAUCAGUUUGAACCCUAUAGUUUUUUAGUAUACCAAAUAUUUGAAAUGUUUACAUGAUUUAUGAAAUGGAUGAGUAAUAUAGAACUUAUUCAUUAUGAGGUUGUUACUAUAUGUGAGCAUGAAGACUGGAAUAUAAUAAACAAUCCAAUUAAUACAGUUAUAGAAAAUGAGCAUAGGACAGUAAUAAUUAUAUUAGUUUUGCAUAUUUAUUUUAUUGGAUAUUGUAUUAUCAUGUAGCUCAUAUAAAAGACAGUUGUUCACUAGUUCAUUGAUCAGAGCUUCAAUACAUUUAUUUUUUAAUUAUAUAUUAUUUGCAUGAAAACAAAGUAAGUUUUUUUUUGUUUUGAAUGGACAUUGUGUACUUAUAAAAUAAACAAAAAAAAUGUCCUUUAUACAAUAUAAUCUGAAUAUGGGCCCAGUCCUAGUCAAACUAAUUAUUAAUGAAAAAAGUGAAUUUUGAAAGAACAGUAUAUAGCAGGGCUUGUAAAUAUUAAAAUAUGUAUAUUAUUAUGUAAUGUUACUUUUAGAGAAAUAGUAAUAGCAAUAAUGAUUAAGAAAAUCCAGUUGGGAUACAAAUAAUAAUGUUAUUGACCAGUGAUAUAUAUAUAUUUUGUUUCAGUAGUAUUGAGAUCAAUAUUAGGAUGGUAAGUAAUAUUAUUAAACUUUAUAUAAAUAAUUAGUACUAUUAACAAAUUACUAUGUCUAUGAAAGUAACAUUAUUAGAGAUAGUCUUGGCUCCUUUGUUAAAGUUUUUGAAAUUGAUGUUAUUCAAAGCCCUGAUAUAUAAAUAUAUGUGUAACAAUAAGUACUGAGGUAUUUUAUUAUAGCAGCAUUUAUUAUAAAACUAGUUUUAGUUUCAAAUGUACCACAACAACCACUAUAUAGAAAUUUGGGGUUAUUGAAGGGAGUUGCACUAAUUUGCGAUUUCCUAGCCCUGUUGUGACUCAUUAAAUUCAUUUUUCAAAAAUUGUG